AUGGAUGCCAAGAGACAGGUCACGGCCAAGCACAUAAAGUCUGAGCUCUUUGAUCGCCCACUUUGUACCUCUUUCAAGGUUCUUGACAAGGAGUCCAUCGACUUCGUCUUCGUCUUCGUUUUCGUCUCCGUUCCGAACUUCGGCAUAUGCUCACACCUCUACUUAACAACAAACCAAAGGGAUCAAUCCUCGAAAGUUACUAAAGGUCGAGCCACAUAUAAGCAAGAGAUGCGCCUGUGGGACGAAGACACUGCGAAACUCGCAAAUUUCAACACCAGUUUCACCUUCGUUAUUGAUUCACAGGGAAGUAGUUUGCUUGGAGAUGGGCUGACCUUCUUCUUAGCCCCUACUGGUUCAAAGCUUCCUGAUCGUAAAGACGUUGGAGGAGGUUCCAUGGGUCUAAUUAUUGGAGGCAACGAAACGAUACUUAAUUCAACAGAUCAUCCUUUUGCUGCUGUGGAGUUUGAUAUUUAUCCCAGUGUCGAAUCUUACGAUGGCUGGGAUCCUCGGUAUGUACAUGUGGGUGUGGAUAUCAAUUCUAUGAAAUCUACUAGUACUGCGCCAUGGUAUCCUAAUAUCACAGGAGGCGGACAAAAUGAGGCUUUCAUCAGCUACGAUGCAAGUAAACAUAAUUUAACUAUCUCCUUUACAAAUUCUGGUCCUUCUGCCAACACUGUGUGGCAACAUCUUCAUGAAAUAGUUGACCUGACAAGGUACCUGCCUGAACGGGUUACUUUUGGUUUCUCAGCUGCCACGGGACAAAAUUUUGCAACACACAGGAUCGACAAAUGGAGUUUCUACUCAGAUGAGUUCCCGAAAGAUGCUCCCAGUCCAAACCCAAGCCCAAGACCAAGUCCCAACCCAAAAGGAAAUGCCACAGCACUUGCAACAGGAUUAGGGAUUGGAGGGACUUUGGUUUUAGUUUGUGGGGUGCUGUUGUUUGCACUCUGGAAGAAUAAAAAUAAUACGGAAGAUGAUGAGUCUAGUGAGAAAAUGAGUGACGAUUUUGAAAAAGGAACUGGGCCUAAAAAGUACUCAAAUGCUGAACUAGUGAGUGCUGCAAAUUAUUUCAGAGAUGAGCAAAAGCUUGGACAGGGAGGAUUUGAGGGUGUUUAUAGAGGUUUUCUCAAAGAUUCAAACUCCUACGUGGCCAUAAAGAGAAUAUCAAUAGAUUCUAAACAAGGGAAGAAGGAGUUUGCUUCAGAAGUAAGAAUUAUCAGCCAACUAAGACAUCGAAACUUGGUUCAACUAAGCGGUUGGUGUCAUGAAAGAAAAGAAUUAUUGCUAGUUUAUGAGUACAUGACACAUGGAAGCUUAGAUUAUCAUCUCUUCAAUGACCAAAGCUUGUUGCCAUGGUCAAUUAGAUUUAAAAUAGCUCAAGGCUUGGCCUCUGCAUUAUUGUACCUGCAUGAAGAAUGGGAACAAUGUGUUGUUCAUAGAGACAUAAAAUCAAGCAACAUCAUGCUAGAUUCUAACUUCAAUGCAAAACUUGGAGAUUUUGGAUUAGCUCGGCUUGUAGACCACACAAAAGGAGCACAAACAACAGCUUUGGCAGGAACUAUGGGCUAUAUGGCACCUGAAUGUGUCACCACUGGAAGGGCUAGCAAAGAAUCUGAUGUCUAUGGUUUUGGAGUUGUUGUUCUAAAGAUACUUUCGGGAAGAGAACCCAUCAACCCCAAGGCUCCAGAAGAUGAAAUAAACAUAGUGCAAUCGGUAUGGGAUCUCUAUGGAAGUGGUAGAAUCCUGGAAGCAAUUGAUCCAAGGCUGCAAGGAGAUUUUGACCAUGAUCAAGUCGAAUGCCUCAUGAUUGUUGGGUUAUGGUGCGCUCAUCCUGAUCAAAAUCGUAGGCCUUCAAUAAGGCAAGCAAUUCAUGUGUUAAACUUCGAAGCUACAAUUCCUAGUCUUCCUUCAAGUUAUCCUAUACCAACGUAUGGUGAAUUUCCGGUGCCCUUAUCAUUUUCAAUUCUAUCCAACGCCAAUGUUUCAGAGGUAAGUCAAAACCAGAACAUUAGCUUUAGUUCCAACACAAAUUCUUCUGGUUUCACUACAACUUCUGAUGAGAAUGUUUCACCAUGUGUAUCACUUUUGCACUCGCACAAAAAUUAAUUAUAGUUGUUCUUUGCUUGUAUUUACUGCACAAUAUUCCUAAUAUAUUAUUCUCAUUUCUUGUAUGUGUAAGUUACUGCAAUCUGGAAGUAAAACCAUAUGUGUAGAAUUAUAUAUGAUCCUGUUGGAGCUUUA